AUGGUUGAUCUCGUUCCCCCUACGUUCUCGACAGUCUGCACUGUCAACAACAUCAAGACUGCUGCAUUAGAGGGCAGUUCGCAACAUACCUUUUCAAUACCAUUACCACGAGCACAAACCAUGGCCGAACCGACGACAUUGAUGACGCUGCCGCCCGAGUUACGAGAGCGAAUCUAUGAAUUCGUUGCACAGUCGUAUACUACCCGUCGCGUUCGAACCGUCGACAGCGAAAGCAACAACGUCCCGGAAUUCAAGACUACUACGUCAGCCAUAACUGCUACCUGUCGCCUCGUCAACAAGGAAUACGAAGCUGUAGCUAGGAAAUCCACAACGACACUCGAAUUUACCGCGACCAAUAUGGAUUUCGGUCCUAUCAUGGCCUACUUUGACCGCAAAGUAGAUCCCCAAUUCCUCGCCACUCUGCAACAGAACAAGGCAAUCAUUCUCGUCAACAUCGUCAUUGACAAUCAUAACUACCAACGCAACCUAGCGGAGUUCUACCCUUGGGCUUUAUUCCUCAUCCGCGUUCAACUGGAAGCGGCAUAUCAGAGUGACACUCAAACGUGGAUGGAGAUCCACAUUGCAGGGUCGGAUGGAGGAUUCGAGGAGCAGUGCGAGCUGGAUAGGUCUAGUCCGCAGGACAUUCGUGACAACAUCGAGACGAUUCGCAAGUUAGCCGGAGAUUUCGACAAAGCUGUGUGGACUGCUUACCCAAAGUUCUUCAAAGCGAUGCAGGCUCGAUAUCACCAAGAGUGGGAUCGCAGGAACGGCGGAGAGUAG